CCCCUCCCUCCCCCCUCCCCUCCCCCCCCUCCCCCCCCCUUCCCUCCACCUCCCCCCCCCCCCCUCCCUCCUUCCUCCCCUCCCCCCCCCCUCCCCCCCCCUUUCCCUCCACCCCCCCGCCCCCUCCCCCCCCCCCCUCCACCUCCCGCCCCCUCCCCCCCUCCUCCCCUCCACCCCCCGCCCCCUCCCCCUCCUGCCCCCACCCCCCCGCCCCUCCCCCCCCUUCCCUCCCCUCCCCCCCCCCCUCCCCCCCUUUCCCCUCCACCUCCCCGCCCCCUCCCCCCCCUCCCCUCCACCCCCCCGCCCCCUCCCCCCCCUUUUCCCCCCCCUCCCCCCCCUUUUCCCCUCCACCUCCCCCCCCCUUUCCCUCCCCUCCCCCCCCCCCCCCCCUCCUCCCUCCCCCCCCCCCCCCCCUCCCCCUCCUUCCCUCCACCUCCCCCCUCCGUCCCUCCACCUCCCCGCCCCCUCCCCCCUCCUUCCCCCACCUCCCCCCCCCCCCCCCUCCCCCUCCCCCCUCCUUCCCCCACCCCCCCGCCCCCUCCCCCCCCUUUCCCCCCACCCCCCGCCCCCUACCCCCCCCCUUUCCCUCCCCCCCCCGCCCCCUCCCCCCCUCCCCCUCCCCCCCCCUUUCCCUCCCCUCCCCCCCCCUACCCCUCCUUCCCUCCACCCCCCCCGCCCCCUCCCCCCCCCCCUUCCCCUCCACCUCCCCCCCCUCCCCCCUCCUCCCUCCCCUCCCCGCCCCCCCCCCCCUCCUUCCCCCCCCUCCCCCCCCCUCCCCCCCUCCUUCCUCCACCUCCCCCCCCCCUCCCCCCCCCCCUUCCCCCCCCUCCCCGCCCCCUACCCCCCUCCAUCCCCCCCCUUUCCCCUCCACCUCCCCGCCCCCUCCCCCCUCCUUCCCUCCACCUCCCCGCCCCCUCCCCCCUCCUCCCCCCUCCACCUCCCCCCCCCCCUCCCCCUCCUUCCCUCCACCUCCCCCUCCUUUCCCCUCCCCCCCCGCCCCCUCCCCCCCCUCCACCCCCCCCUCCCCCCCCGCCCCCUCCCCCCCCUUUCCCCUCCCCCUCCCCGCCCCCCCCCCCCCUUUCCCCUCCACCUCCCCCCCCCUCCCCCCUCCUUCCCUCCAUCUCCCCCCCCCCUCCUUCCCUCCUUCCCCGCCCCCCCCCCCCUCCUUUUCCUUCCCCCACCCCCCCGCCCCCCCGCCCCCCCCUUUCCCCUCCCCUCCCCGCCCCCCUCCCCCCUCCUUUCCCCUCCCCCUCCCCGCCCCUCCCCCCUCCUUCCCUCCACCCCCCCGCCCCCCCCCCCCCCUCCUGCCCUCCACCUCCCCGCCCUCCCCCCCCCUUUCCCCUCCACCUCCCCCCCCCCCCCCCUCCCUUCCCUCCACCUCCUCCCCCCCCCCCCCCCCCCCCCCCCCCCCCCCCCCCUUUUUUUUUCCCCCCCCCCCCCCCCCCCCUUUUUUUUUCCCCCCCCCCCCCCUUUCCCCUCCCCCCUCCCCCCCCCUCCCCCUUUUUCCCCCCCCCUUUUCCCCCCCCCCUCCUCCUCUCCUCCUCUCCCCCUCCUCCUCCUCCCCCUCCCCCCCCUCCCCCCCCUCCUCCUCCUCCCUCCUUUCCUCCUCCUCCUCCCCCCUUUUCCUCCUCCUCUUCUUUUCUUCCUCCUCCUCCCCUCCUUCUUCCUCCUCCUCCCUCUUCCUCCUCCUUUUUCCUUCUUCCUCCUCCUCCUCCUCCUCCUCCCCCCCUCCUCCUCUCCUCCCCUCCUCCUCCUCCCCUCUCCUCCUCCUCCUCUCCUCCUCCCCCCCUCCCCUCCCCCUCCUCCCUCCCCCCUCCUCCUCCUCCCCCUCCUCCUCCUCCUCCUCCUCCUCCUCCUCCCCCUCCUCCUCCUCCUCCUCCUCCUCCUCCUCCU